CUGCUUGCUGGAUGUAAUAUCUCUUUGCAGUUCAUGCUGUAUUGUUCCCGGAACCAGCUUAUAAAGGACCCGAAAGAGUUACAUAUUUCAAUGGAGCUGAAUUAUAUGUUUGAAGAGAUACAGAAAAAUAAACGCGUUACGUGGUUAGUGCAGUUCUAUACAACUUGGUCACCGGAAUGUAAACACAUUGCACCGUUUCAUUUGGACAGAUUCGCCUUACCAAAUCUACGGUUCGCAAAACUGGACGUGGGUCGUUGGGCGAAAGAAGGUGAACGUUUCAGAAUCAAUACGCACCCUGCGAGUCGACAGUUACCGACGGUUAAUUUUGUUUACAUUUUGAUUUUGAAAAUUCGUAAGCGUAAUAAAAAGAUGUUUUUGGUUGCAUUCUUAUUGUUNACCGUUCGUGUUCACUCCGGUGAAUUUAUGCUCUCUCAUCUUUUAUUGCUGGUGUUAUUAUUCGUUCGAAUAAAAUCAUCCGAAAUGAAAUUUCAGGAGAAUUGUAUUCUCGAAUUUGACAUAAAUAAUCUGUAUAAUGAAUGCAAAACAAACUUGGGCAAACACAGCAGACAUCAGAUGCAGAAAGAGGGAGAGGAAGCAGCUAAGAAGAAUGCCUAG